AUGUCUGCUGCCCUCCUAAGGCUUUUAUUUUGAAAAACAACGUUUUCGCGGCCAUAUUGAAAACGCUUUUUGAUGAAGCAACGAGACAGAAACAAACUUGAUAUGAGUUUUAGACAUCUCAUGUUACAAUUAUGAACGAACAUCUUGCUGAUGGAUACAGUGAGCCAUGUGCUCAAUGUGCUGCUGUUGACUGGGGGGUGACAGAUGAGGGACAGUUCUUCUGCAGAAACUGUCACAAUAUUAUCGAGAGAACAAGAGAAGUGGUGGAUGAUUCCACCUUUCUCCGCGGUCACAGCAGGAUCUCACAGUUAGCAAGAACCAAGAAGACCGGAAAGGAGGGUGCACGACAGUGGAUGGUAUGUGAGGGAUUUCAGUUCAUUUUGAAAUCUCAAGCUGAUGCUUUGGUUAGUCUUGGUGUUUGUUCGCAGUUUAAGACAGAGGUAAUGUGGAAUUUCUGGAAGCGAUACUUGCAGAACACCGGGCAAGCUUUCACCAAAAAUCCAGUUUCCACUGUCAGGUUUUCAAUUGAUGUCACCUCAGAGAGUGAGCCAGAGUCUAUCGCCCAAAGUGAGCAGUCAGUCCGCAGUUUUGCUUCUUCAAGGACAGGAGACAUUUCAGCAUCCGGCAUCUCCAGUGAAGGAGAGUUAUCAGUAUGUUCAGGCUCUACGGAUGCUUCAAUGUAUGUUAGUGCGAAGGAAAGGAAAAGCUAUAAUCUUAUGAACAUGCCACGGACGCUUGCCAUCUGCUAUUUGGCUCUGCUUUGGGUCCGAGAAGCCAUCACUCUGGCUGAUUUACUGAGGCUGGCCUCAGAGAGACGUGUUCCUUACUUAAACGUUCAUGAGGAUUUUCCUGAAGAGUUGAGACUGUUCGGAAGAGAUGCCAACAUCUUUCGAGUCGAGUCCCUCCCUUCCUACUCGAAGGUCCGUAGAGAAGCGGUCAAUCUGGCUCAGGUCAUGAAAUUGCCUGCCUUCCCAACUGUUUGUCAAGAUUGCCUUCUCCACCCAAUUCCACUCACUGUCCGCUAUCUGCUGGAGUCUAACCUUCCUGAUGGCCUUUUUGUUUGGGUCCACAAGGUUAUAAAGCAGGCUGCUAUGGGUGAUGAGUCCUUCCUGACCUUUGACCCUGACAGCAAGAGGCCUGUUCUCAUAUGUUAUGAUAUUCAGGCAGUAGCUAUCAUCAUUGUCACCUUGAAGCUCCUUUUCAAGUUGGAUGAUCGACAGGAGUGGACUUUACCUGAGGAAGCAGCCGAUAAGAAGACCAAGAAAAAAGUGUUCAGUUUUGAAAGGUGGUUUAAAAUAAUGCAGCCCGCAUUUAAGCGAAUCAGACAAAAGAGGGAACGAGAAGAAGCCCGAAAACAGUGGAAAUCCAGCAAACCUUUAAUUUCUGACUUGAAAAACAAGAGUGUGGUCCUCAAAAAGAGACGGGUGGUUGAACAUUUGCAGCACAGAUUUCAGAUGUUGAAUGACUCCACUUCAAAACAACAAUCUUCCACCGCAACCUCUUUCUCAGGCUUUCAAUUCCAUUGGGGAAAAGAUGAAGGUUCGGAUGGAUCCAGUAUGCAUCACCAUCGCUUAGACUGUACCUUUAAGAAACAUGGGGUCAACCGGCUUGCUAACCGGAAAUACUGGCAUACAUACCUGGGCCCCUGCCCAUCAGACAUUUCUAAGGAUCAUUUCUCAGACAUUGAGAGCAGUUUGCCCAGGAUUUACGUGUGGCUUAUUGAUCUCUUCUCAUUUCUGCUGGGAGUCAGACAAGCACAAGUGUAUGAUGAGGUCCUGGUUGUGGAACGUCGCUUAUUAAGGAAAACAAACCGCCCUAACCCGCCUCGCAAAAAAUCAAAAAAUCUUGGGCCAGUACUUUUAACUUUGUUGACUAAAGUACAGCAGAGCAAUGAAGAGAAAGUAAUAGGAGAGAAGGAGCAAGGGGGCAGGGCAAGAGAAAUUGGGACAAAGAGCUUGUGUGGUGCUGUGGGUGUUUCUCUGGCACUGUUCCUUAACCAAACCAGCUGACUGUGUAUGUAAACACUCUCCACAUGCUUCCUGCUAGAAAAGCCCUGGCCCACUUUAAAUAUGUGCCCUAGACAUACACACAAAUGUAUACCAAAACAAGACGUAUUUUAGUGUUAUAUUUCAUAACAGCAUGACUUUCAGGAUUGUUUCCCCUUCCCACGUGUAAAGGACUGUCCUCACAAUUUUCCUGGCAUGUUUUUUUGUUUGUCUUGGGCUCUCCCUAGCACUAUUUUUGCUCCUCAACACUACACUGCGAUUGGUGCGCUCUCAUUUUGCACUCUCCUAUUUACAUUUGUACAUACCUAUACAUUUUGUUUAUUGCAUAUUUUUAAAUACUUAUAUAUUUAUGCAUUUGGCAGAUGCUUUUAUCCAAAGCGACUUACAGUGCAUUACAAGGUAUACAGUAUGUGUGUUCGAACCCAUGACCAUUUGUGCUGCAAACACAAUGCUCUACCACUGAGCUACACAGAAACAUGUUAUUUCUUAUUUAUUCUGUCUUUUUUUUUAUUAUUGAUAGUCUUAUGUUUUUGGACCGUUUCAUAUUCAGACCUGUGUGAACAGCCCGAAUAAUGCAAGUAUUGUAUUUAUUUCAUCCCCAUCCUGCUUUCAUGAAAGUGAAAAGUGCUGGGUGUGGCGGAGAGCUAUUUGAUCUUACAGUCUGAACCCAUGUGACACUGGUUAGGCCUCUGAGAAUUUAUAUAACUUAGUUACUGAAAAUGCUGAGUAAGUGUCUCUUUCUGUACCUUACCUGCAUGUGCGCUCGUAACACCAAAGCUAAAACUUUAAUUCGUAACAUUAAAAAAGCAUGCAAAGUUAAUCAAAUUUUGCUUUGUCUCUUUUUAACAGCCUGGAAAAAUAGGGCAACAUAACUCCAAAAGCGUGUUGCAUCCUGGAGGUUAAAAGCAAGCCUAUCCCUAUUUUGAUGACCUACUUUUGUGGCCCCACCUAAGUCAUUUAUGCUAAAGUAGCACAUUUUGGUUCGCCUUUUUCCCAACUUCUGCCCAUGUUGCCGGUGUUUUUCCUCAUCAGCCCAAUGCAGAUAGCACAUCUGUCACCCAGCCUGUGUGUUUGCACACCCUGAUUGGCCUCUCUUUUUUCUUUAAACACAGUCUCCCUUGGCCCACAGCCUAUAUCCCCCAAACAUGGCCUCACUACCCUUUCCAGAUUCCUGUUUGAGUUUAAACAGUUCAUGCCAUCCAUCAAGUGAAGCUCUGCUUCACCGAAAACACAAGCUAUUAUGAUGACUUUAAAUUAAUCUUAAGGCAUUCUUUUUUUAGCUGACAUAUACAAGACUGCAAAAUGUGAUGAUUUAAGUGUUUGAAGUUUUGUACAGCUGUGAAGAUCUCAAAACGUGUUGUUUUGAGUUGCAUUAUUGCAACUCAAAGUUGACCUUCAGGACCAACGAGAACAUCUAAAAAGAUUUAUCUGCUAAAGAGAGCAGAAUAAUGCAAAAAGUCUGUUUGAAUGUACAUAAAAAAAUAGUUGUACAUUUCUGUCAAUAGAACUGUACAUUUAAAAACUAGUUAUAUAUUAUAUAAGGUACGCAGGUGUACCUUAGAGGUACAAAUAUGUACCUUUUACCAUUGCAUAACAAUGCAUUUCUAUGCAUAGCAUUAGUGGCAGUGACAAAGAAGAUUACAAAAAGUGCCAUUGGGUAGUGUUCAACUGUCCUUACAUCCUAUUUUAUAAAUAUUAGUUUUACUUUGUAAAAUAUAAAGUAUAAAUAAAUGUGAACAAUUAGGUUGCAUUAUGAAAUUAUUCAAAGAAUCAAUAAAAAUUGUGCUAUUUUCGUGGAAUUCUUUAUAAAGCCUUUUUUAUGUACAGGAAGUAACCCUUUAACAAUGUUUGUAUGGGUAUCUGCAAUAUAUCUUCUACUUUGUGUUUCUUUUUCCUUAAACACAGAAGCUGUGCUUUGUUCUUAGUCUUUACAUUGUUUUGCUAUUUGCAUCGCUUUCGCAAAAUGGAGAAGUGAUCCUAUUUAGAGAUCUGGCUCAAAAUGAGUGCCGGGUUUUUUUUAUAUAUAAUCAUAUACAGCAUCCUAUUUACAGCUUGUUUCCAUACCAAUUAUCACAAGAAUCCCCAUCUUUACAAACUCCACAUUUAUUUCCAAUAAUUGUUUCAUUAUUCUGGAAUAAAAUAUUGUGUACAUUUGUGUUUUCAUUUCAAGGUA